UUUUUUCUUAAAUCACUGACGACUGGAUCGCGACAAGCCUGAAGAGGGCUGAACUUUCAGAUUUGGUGAGACUUGAAUAAGCAAACAUCAGCACAAAAAGUGAGGAGGAGGAAGAAAAAACGAUUGGGGCUUGGCCCAAAAAGGGUGAUUAACAUUAACGCCAAAGCAAAUUGGGUCUUGAUUUUUUUUUCUUAGAAGGGUCCCCAUCAACCAGCAAAAUUUCGCCCAAAAGUAGACAAGAGGACCGCCCUGCGCUGACCAGGUUAGUCGGCAGGAAGCGACUGAUCGCUGCAGGGGUGCUGGGAGUCGUCAUGGUCCUGGUGCUGGUCAUCCUAAUCCCGGUCUUGGUCAACUCAGCUGGAACUUCGGCGCACUAUGAGAUGCUUGGCACCUGCAGGAUGGUGUGCGAUCCAUACGGCACCAAGUCUCCGACAAGCACGGCGUCCUCAGACACCGCACGAGAUAACAACCUCAUGCAGUCUUUACCUACUUUUAUACAAGGUCCGAAAGGGGAACCGGGUCGGCCGGGAAAGGCGGGACCUCGGGGUCCACCUGGUGAACCGGGGCCACCUGGUCCGCCAGGUCCACCCGGAGAAAAGGGGGACCCGGGGCGCCCCGGAAUACCUGGGCCACCAGGACCGAAUGUCGCGGCGGGGGCGAUCAGCGCAGCCACUUACAGUACUGUUCCAAAAAUCGCCUUUUACGCAGGCCUUAAGAAACAACAUGAGGGCUACGAGGUGUUAAAAUUCGACGAUGUGGUGACGAACCUGGGCAACCAUUACGAUCCAACAACUGGGAAAUUCACCUGUUCUAUUCCGGGAAUAUAUUUCUUCACCUAUCAUGUGCUGAUGCGCGGCGGGGAUGGAACCAGCAUGUGGGCCGAUCUUUGUAAGAACACACAGGUGCGAGCCAGUGCCAUCGCUCAAGAUGCUGAUCAGAACUACGACUACGCCAGCAACAGUGCCGUCCUUCACUUGGAGCCGGGGGAUGAGGUCUACGUUAAGCUGGAUGGCGGCAAGGCCCAUGGAGGCAACAAUAAUAAAUACAGCACAUUCUCUGGUUUCAUCAUCUACGCUGAUUAAGGGACGUGUCACAUGCUUCAGCCGGCUGGACCUCCCUCCUCCUCCUCCUCACCCCCCCCCCCCCCGUCUUUCACUAUCCCCUCUUUCUGUCUUUCUCUCCCUUGGCCUAUAGCCCCACUACCACCCCUUCCACUAUGCAGUGGAGCUAGU